AUGGAGAACGGAGAUAUUCCAGAGAACGCCAAUGAACAUUGCCCAGGUCCUCAAUCGGAAACUGCUGGAAAGUCAGAUUCUUGCGCAGGCUGCCCAAAUCAGGAAGUCUGUGCCACUGCUCCUAAGGGACCUGACCCAGAUUUGGUAGGCAUAGCAGAGAGAAUGAGCACUGUGAAACACAAGAUUCUAAUUUUGUCAGGCAAAGGCGGAGUUGGCAAGAGCACAUUCUCAGCUCAGCUCUCGUUUGCCCUCGCGGGAAUGGACCAUCAAGUAGGCCUGAUGGACAUAGACAUAUGCGGUCCGAGCAUGCCGAAAAUGCUAGGCCUUGAAGGGCACGAGAUUCACCAGAGCAACCUCGGGUGGUCUCCGGUCUAUGUGGAAGACAAUCUCGGCGUUAUGUCCAUAGGCUUCAUGCUCCCAAACCCUGACGACGCUGUGGUAUGGAGAGGUCCGCGAAAGAACGCUCUCAUCAAACAGUUCUUGAAAGACGUCUACUGGGGAGAGAUUGAUUACCUCGUGGUCGAUGCCCCGCCGGGAACUUCCGACGAGCACAUCUCCAUUGUCCAGUACCUCCAGGAAACGGGGAUCGACGGCGCGAUCAUCGUCACUACCCCACAGGAAGUCUCGUUGAUCGAUGUCAGGAAAGAAGUGAGCUUCUGCAAGAAAGUUGGAGUUCCUGUGCUUGGAGUAGUAGAGAACAUGAGCGGUUUGUCUCAGCCGUUGAAGGAUGUCAAGUUCAUGAGCUCCUCCAUCGACGUGACGGAAGCCGUGAUUGCUUUGAUAAGGAAGAACUCGCCGGAGCUUCUCGACGUUGUGGUUUGCAGCGAUGUGUUUGACAGCAGCGGAGGCGGUGCGGAGAGGAUGUGUAGGGAAAUGGGAGUGCCGUUUCUUGGGAAAGUUCCGUUGGAUCCGCAGCUUUGCAAAGCAGCCGAACAAGGUAAGUCGUGCUUUGAGGAUAACAAGUGCUCUGUUAGCGCGGCGGCACUUAAGAGCAUCAUACAGAAAGUCCUCUCUGCGAUGCCACCGAUGAUGACUGAGUGA